AUGGCGAAAGCUGUUCAACCCCGCAUAUUUAUUCUGCUCGACGAGCUGGCAGCAUUUGAGGCUGUAGAAGGACCAACUGCUGUUUCCGCCGGGCGACCUUCCAACGAUGAAGACCAGGACCUACACACAUGGGUGGGCACGAUUAUCGGCCCUUCAGUGAUUGUCGGCGGAAGGAACCAGAGCAACUUUUGCGACAGAAUCUACAGCUUGAAGUUAUACUGUAGCGACAAAUACCCAUACGAGCCACCUACCAUACACUUUAUUAACAAGAUCAACCUACCUGGCGUUGACCCGACCGAUGGUCGUGUAGACCCUUCCAAGUUCAAUCUUUUGAAGGAGUGGACUGCCACUGGCAAUCCCCAGCAGCACCUGAAAUUUUCCAUCUCUAGCGCGCUUUACGAACUGCGAACAUACAUGCAAAGGAACUAUCAACUCCCGCAAGAAGAGGAAAACGCCGUCUACGACUGCUACAAAGACAACCGCUAG